UUUCAAGAGGAAAGUGGAAGGAGUUGAAACCUUGGCCUAAGAGAUGCCUUGCAGUGCUAAGCUGCUCUUGGUUGGGUGAUUUCUACCAGCAAUGCGAACUGGACUGCAACACCCAGCAACCAAGGCCAACCUUAAUCAUGGAUCCCCUGCCUCUUCUGUCUGACCACAAGCUCUCCAGGGAGAAGGGGUGUGGGGCACCGCUGCUCAUGCCAGAGGCACCGGGAGGAGGCACAACUGGAGAGCUUGAGUGCCUUGCUUUGGGGUUGACAAGUGGUCAGACCUCAGGAGGAGCUUUUCUGCCCACCAGUCAUGGAAGACCUGACUCACAAGACGGGGAACUUCAAGCAGUUCAACAUCUUCUGUAACAUGUUGGAGUCAGCCCUCACCCAGAGCAGCGAGUCCGUCACCCUCGACCUGUUGACCUACACAGACCUGGAGUCCCUGCGGAGCCGCAAGUUGGGGGGCCGUCCGGGUGCCUUGGCCCCCAGGUCCGCCCAGCUCAACUCCAAGCGCUACCUGAUCCUCAUCUACUCGGUGGAGUUUGACAGGAUUCACUACCCGCUGCCCCUCCCGUACCAGGGCAAACCAGACCCCGUGGUCCUGCAGGGCAUCAUCCGCACACUGAAGGAGGAGCUGGGCCGCCUGCGGGGGCUGGACCGUGGCCAGAACCCCCGAGACACGAGGGAGACAGAGAUUUGGCACCUGCGGGAGCAGGUGUCCCGCCUGGCGGCGGAGAAGCGCGAGCUUGAGGCGCAGCUGGGCCGCUCGCGGGAGGAGGCGCUGGCCGGCAGGGCGGCGCGCCAGGAGGCCGAGGCGCUGCGCGGGCUGGUGCGGAGCUUGGAGCUGGAGCUGCGGCAGGAGCGCGGCCUGGGCUCGCGAGGGGUGGCCCGCCGCGGCCAGGACUGCCGCCGCCUGGCCAAGGAGCUGGAGGAGGCGAAGGCGUCGGAGCGCAGCCUAUGCGCGGGGCUGAAGACGCUGAGCGGCGAGCUGGCGCUGUGCAAGCGGGGGAGACGGGCGCUGCCAAUGGGCCCGGCCCCGGCCCGGGAAGACCGGGCUUCGUCGUCCCGCGAGCGCUCCACGUCUCGUGGCCGCGGUGCCACCCGAUCCUCGUCGCGGGAGAGCGGCCGUGGGGUCCGGGGCCGAGGCCGACCCGCCCGUCCGUCACCCUCGCCCUCAGGUGGCCGCGCACCCCGUUUCGAUCCUACAGCCUUUGUGAAAGCCAAGGAGAAGAAGCAGAGAGAGAUCAGGGUGAAGCAGCAGCAGCAGCGCCACCGGUUGGGCAGUGGAGGAAGCGGGGACGGCCCUUCCGUCUCCUGGUCUCGGCAGACCCGGCCUCCAGCCGCUGUGACCGGCCGAGGGGACGCUGCGAGCUGCUCCCGGCACCGCAGCUCCUCGGUGGACAGCUUCCGCAGCCGCUGCUCGUCGGCCAGCUCCUGCAGCGAGUUCGAGGACUUCUCCGAGUCGCUGUCCAGAGGCUCCCCCUGCGGCCGCGGGAAGCCGCCCAGCCCCUCGCCCUGGAGCGGGUCCAGCCCGAAAUCCACUGCACCUUUAUUGGAGGACCGGGUAGCAGGAGGGAGGACGUUUGGGGCGGAGGCGGAGGCGGGAACCAUUUCUGGAGCCAUAUCGCGGCGUUGCCGAGCCUCACUCGCGGUAGUGCGGCCAACUCUGAAUGGCUUCGUAGAGCUGGUCUCCUGGGGAGAGCGUCUGCUGCACGUCGCGGUGUCCCUUCACCUCAUACUUGGGUCUCAGGAACCCCCGAGCCACGCCACAGUCCAGCAGCUGCAAGUCCCUGCCACUGGCUGUCGGGUUCUCAGGGCCACCAGAAGCCAGAACUCCACGGGUGUCCUCUGCUUGCUGAGACCAGGGCCACCCCACCGCCCAGUGUGUGUCCUCUGGAAACCUGAUGUCACAUGACCUGUGCACAGGAGAGCGUGGCAAGCUCAGAGCUCUGAAGACCCAGGGCAGCGGGGACAGGAGGAAGGGGGUCACUGCUGAGGCCUGCGCACCCCUGAGAGCGGAUCAAGUUUGAACUCCUCCCCUCAUGUCAGACUCCUGGCGGCCCUCAGCCCGGAGGUGCAGCGAGCUGAGCCCCUCGGCAUCGGGACCGCUGACCAGCCAGAGCAGCUGGUCUCGGGCAGCAGCAGGCAGCGGCCCAGGAGCUGGGGCCACUGGGCAGGUCAAUGGCCACUCAGGAGGCCUGGGCAGUCCGGGAGUCAAGGAGCCAGCCGGGCCCAUGUUCAGUGCCUUGCUCAGCCCACACCGGCUGGGUUGCGCCUGGAGCCCUAAGUCCACCAGGCUCCCUGGAGUCACAGUGGGGAUAAAGGGACUCCCCAAGAGAGCUUUCCCCUCCCAAGAAUGUGCUUAGAAGAGAACAUUGUUUUCUUACUCUUCCUUAGUAAAUAGUCUGUCACUUAAAUGCUGAGUGAACAGGGCCAUUCUUCAGUGUAGUCAAGCAUUUAGAGACAAAUAGCUUCUAAAACUUUAAACGUGAGAAAAAUAUAUACUUUGACAAUUAUAUUCUUAGGGAAAGAGUAUACUGUACACACAUUCAUAAUCUAUUAAGUGUAAUCAUGAGCUGAUUUAAAGUAAGCACACUUGUGGGAGCUGUAGAGAAGGCUUAGUGGUUAAGGCACUUGCUGGCAGAGCCAGAGGACCGAGGUUCGAUCCCCCAGUACCUGGGUAAGCCAGCUACACUAGCCGUCCAUUGGCUAGAGGCCCUGGCAUGCCCGUUUUCUCUCUGUCUACCUGCCUGUUUCUCUAAUAAAUAAACCAGACAAUAAGCACACUAGUCUAGUAGCAGCUGGCCGAUGUCACAAUGUGCAUUGUGAGGUCCCUGAAAGCUCUAUGACAUAUCUGAGAUAUCUGCUCCCCUCAGUGCUGUUUGGGCCAGUGGGAGACUUGGUGAUUCACCAGACGCUCACACGUAGCAGUCAGUGCUAGUUUUCGCGAAUACUUGACUAUGGGAAAUUUUUUCAGUUUUGGAGGUGAGUUCACACUGUCUUUGGGUGCUUUCCCUUUAAGUAGACUGGACUGCUUCUUUCAAAUACUUUGUUUAAAUAUUUCUUCUGGCUCACAUGGUGAUAGUUCCAUUUUAUACUGUGAUUUAUUCCUUUAUCGUUGUACUUUUAUUCACUAAAUUACAUGUACAUUAUUUCAAAUACUGUGAAAGGGCUUAAGUGUGUGUAUUUUGUGUUAAUGAACUAAAAACACUCAGUUGAUGAACAAGAAUGUAAAGAUUCGCUCUUGAUUUAUACUGAUGUGUGAUACGUACAUAGUUUCAAUGACCAAUGAGAUUGGUUUUCAGAUAAUUGUGAAUAUCUGCAUGUCUGUACUUGAAGCUUUAAUAAAAGAGUUGUUAGUGCUAA